UUUUUUUAAUUAACUGUCUCCCUUCUUGUGUUUCUUUCUUAGACGGGCACACAGGGUAGACUUCUCAUGUCCUGGGAGACAAACAUUCUUGGCUCAGCCAUGAAUAACUGUGUGCUCCUGGAGGAACUGCUGAUCAAAAAAUCCCAGCAGAAGAGAAGGACUUCACCCUCCAACUUCAAAGUGCGCUUCUUUGUCUUAACCAAAUCCAAGCUGGCUUACUAUGAACAGCGCCACGGGAAAAAAAGGACUUUGAAGGGUUCUGUGGAACUUUCCAGGAUUAAAUGUGUGGAAAUUGUGAAAAGUGACAUCAUCAUUCCCUGUCAGUAUAAAUACCCUUUCCAGAUCGUCCACGAUAGCUACCUACUCUACGUGUUUGCUCCCAACCGUGAGAGCCGGCAGAGAUGGGUCUUCACGCUGAAGGAAGAAACAAGAAACAACAACAGUUUGGUUUCAAAGUGUCAUCCAGAUUUUUGGUUAGAUGGCAAGUGGAGAUGCUGUGCCCAGACAGAGAAGAUGGCAGUUGGCUGUGUGGAGUAUGAUCCCUCCAAAAAUGCCUCAAAGAAGCCUCUUCCUCCCACUCCUGAAGAUAACUGGGAAUUGUUUCUGUACCCCAAGGAAGCCUUGGUCAUUGCCAUAUAUGACUAUGAAGCCCAGAAUCCACAGGAGCUGACGUUACAGUAUAACGAGGAAUAUUAUGUGAUAGACAGCUCUGAGGAACACUGGUGGCUGAUUCAAGAUAAGAAUGGGCAUGAGGGCUACGUGCCAAGCAGCUACCUGGUGGAAAAAUCACCCGAGAAUCUGCAAAUGUAUGAGUGGUACAACAAGAACAUCAGCAGGAGCAAAGCAGAAACUCUCCUCAGGGAUGAGGGUAGGGAAGGUGCCUUCAUGGUGAGAGAUUCGAGGCAGCCUGGCAUGUACACAGUCUCUGUUUUCACCAAAGCAUUAAGCACAGACAACAAUCCUGUUAUAAAGCAUUAUCACAUCAAUGAGACAACUGACUUUCCCAAGCGGUAUUACUUGGCAGAAAAGCUUGUGUUUGACUGCAUCCCUGACCUCAUCAACUACCACCAGCACAAUGCAGGAGGUCUCGUCACUCGGCUCAGGUAUGCGGUGUCUUCGUGGAGGAAAAAGGCCCCGAUCACUGCAGGGCUGAGCUAUGGAAAAUUGGUCAUUAAUGCCUCAGAGCUCACCCGUGUGCAGGAGAUUGGCAGUGGGCAGUUUGGGGUGGUCUACCUUGGCUACUUGCUGGACAAGACGAAAGUAGCCAUAAAGACCAUCCGUGAGGGAGCAAUGUCUGAAGAGGAUUUCAUUGAGGAGGCUAAAGUCUUGAUGAAGCUGUCUCACCCCAAGCUAGUCCAGCUUUAUGGUGUGUGCUUUGAGAACACUCCCAUAUCCCUGGUGUUUGAGUUCAUGGAAAAUGGUUGCUUGUCCGACUACCUCAGGAGCCAGCGGGGCACUUUUUCAAAGGAAACCCUGCUGGGGAUGUGCCAAGAUGUGUGUGAGGGAAUGACUUAUCUGGAACAAAACUCUGUCAUCCACAGAGACCUGGCUGCCAGGAACUGCCUGGUGGGGGAAUCCCAGGUGGUCAAAGUGUCUGACUUCGGGAUGUCGAGGAUUGUUCUUGAUGAUCAGUAUACCAGCUCCACAGGGACCAAGUUUCCAGUCAAGUGGUCUGCUCCAGAGGUUUUCUCCUACAGCAACUAUAGCACCAAGUCUGACGUUUGGUCAUUUGGAGUGCUGAUGUGGGAGGUCUUCAGCGAAGGUAAAAUCCCCUAUGAGAAUCGCACCAAUGCAGAAGUGGUGGAAGAAAUCAAUGCAGGAUUUCGGCUCUACAAACCCAAGCUGGCCUCCAAGGCAAUUUAUGAUGUCAUGAGCCACUGCUGGAGAAUGAGGAAAGACGAGCGGCCACCCUUUUCUCUUCUGCUGUUUCAGCUGAGUGAAAUCUCUGAGUAUGAUCUGUAAUCAUGGCACUGUUCACUCAGCACAGCUAAGAGAGUCCUGGGAGGAGAGAAGGCUGGAUUUUCCCCACACAAAGCAUUAACAGGAAUCCUCUCACCAUAAACACUUGCCAUAUGCCUGGGGAGAAGAGAGGGCAGAGGCUGGUACUUCCAGACAGACAAGAUAUCCCCGGGUCCUCCAGAGCCUAGACAGACACAGGCUUUGGUUUGGCCAAGAUUGUGGUUUGCAUCUUAAAAGCAGAAGCAGCAAUUGAGCAGAGAGUCCUGAACCACACAAUCCAGCAAAGGUAUUUCUCCCGAAGAUACAGCCUCAAAACUAAGAGAUCUGACACUGCUGUUCCAGUUCUGUGAACUCCCAAAUGAAGGUCUUCCCUGGGGAAAAGAAAAACCUGUCUUUAACUGAGGAGGAACAUUUAGACGUUUCCACGGCUCUCUAAUUCAGAGUGGGCUGGACCUGAAAGCUCUGAACAUGAAUAAGCCUGGGAGACACAGGAACAGUGACUGCAUUUUGACACCGAUAUUUUAAGGUGGUUUUCUUUUCCCUUGCAUGAUUUUUUUCUGCAACUGUGGCAUAACAGGAACAGGAUUUGGAUAAGUAGUAAACCGAAGAGGUGUCUGUGUGUGCAUGAGAGUUUGUAAGGGAGGAAGAGCAAAAACAACGUGCUGAAGAGUUUUGAAAUUGUCUCAGAUUGCGUUGUAUAGUGAGUGGGAAAAAGGGACUCUGAUGCAAUUGGAGACAUUCUUGGAGGGGGGAAGUCAAAGCUGAACAUUUUUAUUGUUUUCUUCUUCAGUCUUCGUAUAUCAGAAGAUUAUUACAUGACUUCUAUUCAGUUUAUUUGAACAAAGGAUGGAGGACUGAGCAGUGCAGAGUGCUAUGUGUUUCCAGUCCAGGACAAGACAGAGUUCUGGGAUCUGAUUACCUGUGAAAGGUACAGGAACCUACUGCUGAACUGGUGUGUUUGGAAAAAAGGAGCUGGAGGGCUCACAAGGGAGCCACGAGGAAAAAACAUGCAGAGUAUGUGCUCAGUGCACCAGUGAUAAUGAGAAGAGUUUUCUCAUACUUUAAAGAGUAACUGAUUCAUCAAAAGUAAAGAUCCUUCCAUCUCCUCUGUGAACAAAGGGACUGAUCAAAGAAAAAGUCCAAUGCAAAUGGACUGCCUGGGUUCUUUCUCCACCAGGAGUUCUCCAUUAUGUGGUGACAGCAGAAGAAGGUAUAAACAAAAUCUCCUGGUAUUUAAAUUAAAAUCUGUAUUUCCACUGCAAGACAGAGAGACUGUUUUGACAUAACUGACCUCAAAACCAAAUGUGUGGGUGUUGGGGUCCUGCAGAACUUGUAAAUUUGUAAAUUGCAGGACUUUUCUGCUAAGCAUUAACAAUAGUUAGGGAAGUCAAGAGGACUCACAAAUGAUAUCUGCAUAUAUACAGGAUGUAUUUUUCAUGCUUCUCUGUUUUGGGCAGGUGAGAACACAAGGAAACCUUAUGCGACAGCAGCUUACAAAAACUCUAAGGUGAAACUUCCAGCAGCAAUCUCCUGUCAUUACAGAAGUCAGGUUCAAAUAUGUUUGCCAACAAAAAUGGAACAAGGAAAUAAUGUAAUCCCAUGAUCUAACAUAUCCUGUGUUGAACUAUUUCUUCAUAGAAGGCAAU